AUGGAGAACAAAGUCUUUCAACAUCAACAGACAAUUGCCCAAGUGAGACAAAAUGAAGAUACUUCAAAUAGCAACGAUAUUUUAAUCAAUAGUGAGUCAACCAAUUCCGAAAGUAGAAGAUAUCGUUCACUUUCAAGACUCAUUAGUUGGUGUUCGCCGACAUCAUCAUGCUUUCUAUGUUUAGUCAUAGGUCUUCUUACUGGUGGUUUAAUUCUAUCUGUGGUUAUCUCACUUUGGUUGACAUUAAAUAACAAAACAGCAACAACAAUCGAAGGAAUAUCAACUAAUACAACGAUCACAACUAACAGCGUCAGUACAACAAGUACAUCAACGAUUGGCACGACCAGUAGCAGUAGCUCAACAAGUACUACAAGUACAACGACUCCUAGUUUUUGUGCUGCUACUUGUACUGGUACUUUUAACUCUAAUGGUGCUACUUCUUGUAAUACAAUGUGUAAUGAUAAAAAUGGUAAUCAUUAUACUUGCUCCAGUAAUUCUACUAUUUGUCCUAAUGCUGAAAGUUCUUAUUAUUAUUACGGUAUUAUUCCUACUAAUAUCACUAAUAGUACCAAUGUUAUGGGUUAUAAUAGCUAUUGUAAUAGUGCUUUUGCCGGUAGUUAUCUCAAUAAUGGUUAUAAUCCUUGUUAUGGUGGUACUAACAGUUACUAUAAUGGUAGUCACUAUUCCGAGCUUAUUCCUAGUAAUGCUUGCUGUGUUUAUGAUGUUUAUUUGCGUGACUAUUAUUGUAUACAGUAUCCGUGUGUUGUCUCCGGCUAA